AUGAGGGGUGGGGGCUCCAACAAAAUGGAACACAACCAUGUCAAUAGUGCCUUCUUGCUGAAGCUGUGGUUCCAGCAAUUCCUCCACUAUAUCAAGUGGGGGAGCGACUGUAACGUACUACUAUCUCGCCCCUUCCCCCCUCCACCCCCCACCCCACUCAGUCCCCCGCCUCCCAUAAGACCGAACCCAGUGCCUGCUGAAUGGAGACAUUCCAGAAGGUCUGGGUCAACAGCAGCGGCGGACUGCGGUGUUCACUUCCCGGCUACCGCGCUGGUAUAUUUCAGCGGCCAUGCCGGCUUUAAUGACAUCGCCGGCUGCUCCGAGACCGCCGUAAAGCUUAUCAGCAGCAGCGGCAUAGGCCGUGCGCUCGCGAUACGCCCAGUGGAGCCGGGGCGGGCGUUCGCCGUCCACCGCGUCAGCCAUGCGUGUCCGGCAGCGAGCUCUCCGCCGGGUUCCCAGCUGGCUGGCAUUAUGCGCGCGGCGCGGCUGCGUUUCGUAACUCGGACACGUCCGCAGGUGCAGCGGCGUCGCUGUGAGAACGGGCCGGGUCUUCCCGCCGCCGCCGCCGCCGCCGCCACUGCUGUCCUGGUUGGAGGUCACCCGCGGUUUCCGUGUUUUGCUGCGGCGAGCGCUCCCGGCCGAUCUCUCGCCAGUGCCCCGGGCGACGGCGGCCAGUCAGCUGUUGAGCUGCCGCUAGGGACGGACGUCUCUCCCGCGGCCCACACCGCGCCACGCCUCACACCAGCUGACUGCCUCGCCGCACAGUGGUCAGUCGCCCGCCGAGCCGCGCUCGACCGCGCCUGUGGUGUCGUACUGCCUGUGGCCGACGUCCGCGGAAACCGACGCAACCAUACGACGCAGCACGAGGAAAAGCGCUGCCCCGCGGAAGAAAGCCCCGCCGGUGCGGCGCCAGGCUCGGCCGACGGCGCUCCUCCGGCGCGCGGCUACCGCGACUGCAGACGGCGCUAUUUCGGUCGGCUGGCCCGCCGCAGCGGUGAAAGCGCCCGGCCGUGGCUCUGCCGCCUUGUCCACAAGCCGAGUCGGCCGGCGCACGGGACCGAGUGGCCUUCGGGUCGGCACGCCGACUGCGCCGGCCGCCCGAGGCGCCGCCUGGGACCGCCGUUGACUGUGGUCUCCACCCUGCUACUCAGCCUGCCAGCACUGACGCUGGCCGUGUUCCCCUGCGUGCUGCAGGAGGGCACGAUGCUGUGCGACUCGCGCAACCUGACGGCCGUGCCUGACCUCUCAGACCAGCCCGCAGACAAGGUGACGGAGCUACGGCUGGAGCGCAACGCCAUCCGUGACGUGUCUGGAGGACCGCUGGUCAACCUGACGGCACUGCGCCUCCUGUCGCUGGACUGGAACUCGCUAGCCGACCUUCCAGAGGACCUGCUCGACGGCAGCCCCGCGCUGGAAGUCCUCCAGGUCGGCUGGAAUCAGCUGUCCGCGCUGCCGCCCCGGCUCUUCGACAACCUGGCCCAGCUCAGGGUACUGCGUGCCGCCAACAACCUCAUCUCUGAGCUAGACAAUUCGACUUUUGCGUCGACGCCACUGCUGGAGACUGUGGACUUACGCAGCAACAUGUUGACGUCACUGGAGCCUGGGACGUUCACCGGCCUCAAGAACCUCAAGGAGGUCAUCCUCGAAGAUAACCACCUGUCCUUGCUUCCGCCAAAGACCUUCGGAAGCAACCCCAACCUCGUGACCCUGAUGCUGGGCAAGAACAGUCUGACAGAGGUUCCAGCGGACGUCUCAGGAGCGAUGCCGUCACUGCAGUACCUGGACCUGGCGGACAACAGCCUCUCCGUGUGGGAGCGCGGCGCCUUCCGGGAACUGCAGCAGCUCCAGACGCUGCUUCUGUCCCGCAACAACCUGUCCAGCUUGACAGCAGGCGCCCUGGACAACCUGCCAGAGCUGACGGAGCUCCGGCUCAACGAGAUUGGCCUCACCACGCUGCACCGCGACCUGUUCGUCAAGCAGACGAGCCUACGGUCCCUGCAGCUGCGCAACAACUCGUUGGCUCGCGUCGCCCCGGGCACCUUCCGCUUCAACGGGCGACUGGCGUCCCUCUACCUGGACAACAACCACCUGGCCGACAUUGAGGUGGGCACGUUCGACCACCAGGGUGAGCUGGCCUUCCUCGUGCUCAGCGGCAACCGACUCACCACUCUCCGCCGGACCAUGUUCACCCGCCUGCCGCGGCUGUCGACGCUGAUCGUGAACGACAACCGGGUGACGAGCGUCGACCGGGACACCUUCUGGGACAACCCGCUGCUGUCGGUGCUCAGCAUCAUCGGAAACGCCAUCGAGCGGCUGCCCGCUGACCUCUUCAGCCGCAAUCCGAACCUCCAGGAGGUGCGGCUCCGCAUCAACCGGCUAUCCCUGGUUCAGCCCGGCACCUUCCGCAACAACUCCCGCCUACAGUACCUGGAGCUGGAUCACAACCUACUGCAGACCAUGGACGUCUCCGUCAUAGAGCCGCUUGUCUGGCUCAAGGGGCUGACUCUGGAGGGCAAUCCGUGGACGUGCGACUGCGCGCUGGAGCCGCUCUUCACCAAGAUCCGCAAGCACGGCAUCGUGGUCAGGGCCGACCCUGCCAUCUGCGCCAGCCCUUUGGACCUUAAGGGCAAGGAGGUCCUCAAGGUGGUGGGCGAGCUGCAGUGCGGCUGAGAUGGCACCGGCGCCAACAACGCAGGCUCGGCGCAGAGUGAGGGAACUGCCUUUAAUUCAUCUCCACAACACACCACACUCCACUCCACUCCACUCCACAACAGCACACUACCAGCUCCACUCAAGCGACUGUUGCAUAUAGUACGCAUUAUUAUACUAGGUAUAGCCGUACACCUUACACUACCAACUGCACAGAAUCAACUUUUCUAUAUAGCAUGUACCAUUGUAUAUUGUAUUACAUCAUAUGUAAGUAUACAUACCAUACAAUACAUACAGCUCUCCAUCACAAAAGACUAUCCACUGCAUGGAAAGG